CGGCUUCUUUAUUCUUUUUCUUUCUUCUUAAAGCACUUGAGCCUAUUUCACAGAUGAAGAAGCAGAGGAAGAGAGCAGGUGGCCUUCUCUCUUAAGCCAUCUCUCUCUCCCCCCUUCUUCUAAACCACUUUCACGAAGCUCACAUAUAUAUACGUAUAUAUGUAUGUAUAUAUACAUACUGUCAAAUCUGUUCAUAGUAUCAAUUAUCAGCUCCCUUUAAGCAUCCUCCGAAACCCUUUUCUUUCUGAUGAUUUGUCUGAUAAAUUCAGCAAGUGAGGAAAGAAAAGAUUGAAUUUUGAAAGAACCCUGAUAAAAUCUUGUCAAAAAUGGCGGAUUUGAAGGGAAAAAAGACUAACAAGUCAAGAUUAUCACUAAAAACCCUACCUUUUUUCUUGUCUUCAUCCAAUGAUCAAAACAAGUCAGUAAAGAGAUUUGGAGAACAAAACGGUGUCGUUGGGCUGGGAAUUGUGGUCGCUUUAAACAAUGAAUCAUCGGGUCAUAAUACCCAGAACCCGGUUUUCUCAGUUUCACCCAGAUCCAACCCGAUCCCGAUAUUUAGCAAGAGACCCAGUAAGGAUGAUGUUGAAAUCGAGUUACUGGAGGAGUAUACAUGUGUGAUAUCGCAUGUGGGGAAUAAUAUGAUCAAGAAAAGGGAGUAUUUUGAUGAUGGGUUUAAGAGAAGAAGUGUUAAUGGCGGUCGGACUACUAGCUAUUGGGUCAGCACCACCGGUGGUGGUGGUGGCGGUGGUGGUGGAGUGUUUUGUUCUCCGUCGCCUCCGGUGGUUAUUGGUGGUGGAACGGUGUUUGAGGAUGGGGAUUUCUUGAGUUCUUGUCAUCUUUGUAAGAAGAAGCUUCAUGGGUUGGAUAUCUUCAUGUACAGAGGUGAGAAAGCGUUUUGUAGUGAAGAAUGUCGAUACAAGCAAAUCUCCAUUGAUGAACACAAAGAGAAGUAUGCGUCGGGUGUGAGGAAACAGCCUGAAUACACUGAGUCUCUAUGCUCCAGUCCUAUGCAGCUUCCUGCUGGGAUGAUUGUAGCAUGAAGGUUUUCGAAUUAUAUAUACAUAUAUUAUAUAUAUAAUAUAUAUAAAUAUAUAAAUAUAAAUAACGAAAAUGGAAUAUAAAAUGAAAUGUGGUUCGAAAACGAACCCGAAUAAGUUACUUUUGUUCGGAAGCAAAGAAAAGGAUAAAAUGUGAAUCGGGGAAUCGAAGGUGAAAGAGGGGUUUUAGGGUAGUAUUUGUUUUUUGACUUGGAAGUUUUGUUUGGGAUUAUGUUAUAGUUUGUAAUGGAAGGAUUGGGAUUUUGGAUGUACGAAUACAACUAGUCAUGCACAAUGUACAAGUUGUUGAUGCAUGAGUUAGCGUAAAGCAUUUUUGCCUACUUCUAAGUUGUUUAACAACUUGUUUUGUCACUUGAUGUAUGUUGUUGAUUAUGCUUAUAACCUUUUAACUGACGUGAAGUUUCUAUUCGUUUACAUUUGUGGUUAUAUUCGACAAUAUGUGGUGUGAGAAUGGGA